ACAACAAUUGGGCGAAGGCCCGGUGCUGAAAGGACCGCGCUAUAGGCUGCCCGGGCUUCUACAGCGCUGGACGACGGCGGCAGAGCCUUCAGGCUUGCGACGAUAGGAUAGGGCCAAUGUGUGGCGAGGCCCCAUGCAGCGGCGGCGCCAGCAGGCCCCGGCGGCAGUCGGCACGAAGCAGCGCCGCCGUUCUGCGGCGAACAGACAGGGACAGCCUGGCAGGACGAUGCGUUCAACCUCUGCUCACAUUGGAUUGUCCCAGCCCCACCCUCCAACAGCAGCAUGAGCUAGCUAAUGGGGAUGGCACUUCCACGGUCGUCCCUGUCUCUGCGCUCCCUGCUGCUGCUCAUGUCGCAGAGGAAGCCACAUCGGAGCUCUUUCUUCUCCUCCUCGGCAGGCCCCGGCCCCGCCGCCGUUCUGCCUGCGGCUCCAGGAACUGGCACUCCGGUUGCUCCUGCCGUCCAGCCUCCAGCCGCUCCAGCCGAGGAGCCAUCAGCACAUACCCUGGAAGAUCCUAAACAUCCAGUUCUCGGUGGUUCAUGUAGCACGCCUCAACCUGUGACCUGCGAGCCAUCGCCGAAAACACAUCCUGAUGACAAAGUUUGCAAAGAUUCUGAUCUUCCAGUUCCUGGUGGUGCGCGUAACUCUUCCCGCGAUGAGCCGCCACGAUCAUCUGGUGGAACUAGCGAUAUAGGCGCUAGAAACCCCGUCGAGCCCUGAGAGUUCGCCUACGGACCUUAAAUCGUGUACUCCUUCAUCAGGCAUCUACCGUACGAACUGCACAAGUCCUCCGUUUCCGGAAGAAUACUGAAUUGCCAACUGUUCGGGCGCUACGAGCAAAUGCUAGUUGUGAUUACUGCCGUGUUACGUCCGUGUGGACAUGUAAUCUCAGUGCUGUCAUAUGAUUGAUCUUUUGUACUGUUCCAAUCUACUUUUACCAAAUAAAGGUGUGUGCUAGAUUUUCGUUUUGAUAGGUAUGAUGUACCUCAUACAUUAUUGAUCUUUUUUGCUCUUACGAGUUAAGAGUAUACAUGUGUACAGUUCAUUUCGGGGGGAAAAGAACAUAUAGUACUACGUGCAGUCAA